UCCGUAGUAGUAGUUGUAUGUACAGUCACAGUGCGAGAUGACGAACGUAAGGACUUACAAUCCCUCUGUGCGUGUAGGAAACUGGAAUGAGGAUAUCCAGUUAGAGGAGGAUACAUUAAAAGACUUCCUAGAAAAAAGGGAACAAGGACAGCUCCUUUACCAAAAAAGAACGAAACUAGAACAAACUAUAUUCAAUAAGAUUGACCUCAGUAUAUCAAGAGAUGGAUGUGUCCACUUUGGGGAUAUUGUGAGCUUACGAUGUCCAGGAACAAAAGAUCGUACUAAAUAUUUUGCCCACAAAGAACCAAGAGACACCUGUCAGCUUUGUGUAACUCCUGCUAUCAACAAAAUUCUUGAGGCUCAAAAACUUGAAGGACCUUGUCAAGUAUCUGCUUCAAAGGAUCUCUGUUCCAAUCUCAGAAGCUCCUUUGUUAUAACAAGCAUUGAUGGAAGCAAACAGAAGGGAGAACCAUUGAGGUACGGAGAUUUGUUUUAUCUCUGUACACUAGAUAAAGAGGGUGGAAGUCUUUAUUUAUCAAGCUGCCAUGCCACUCUGGAGAAAUCAGCAGCCAGAUCUCGGAAACAAGAAGUGACAUUUGUCAGUGAGCCGUCCUUUAUGACAGAAUGGAGAAUUCUUCACUAUAAUCCACAGAUGAGGAUGGAAUAUGAAGGCAUCCCUGUCCCAGCCAAUGCUAUUACCUUAAUUAACCACAAAUAUACAAACAAUGAUCUGGCAGUUGAGGAAAAUUUUGUCAUCAGAACUCCAUUUGGAACCCAGGAAUAUGAAGUAUCAUGUCACACAUAUUUAGAUUCCCAUCGAGCAGAACAAGAUGUCAACUACUUCAUGAUCAUGAUGGGGGUUCCAGGUGAUGAUGUUUACCCUGUAGUAAGCUAGGAAACUCCAUUCCCUUUAACUAAAAUAACCACAGAAAUACACAGCCAGACAGAAGUCAAGCAUAUAAAUUGUUGUCUGAACUUCCAAGGAUUUUUUUGUUGUUGCAUUUUGCACAAUUUUUUAUAUAAAAGCUGCUGUUGAUAUAUUUUUCAGUUGGAUUUUAACCUAGACUCUGUUUCAAUAAUGGCCAACUUAACUGAUAAUUUAUUAUAAAAGAAAUCAAAAUGUAUGCACUUGGUUUACAGCAUUAUGGAAAACAGGUUUCUGAAAAUCAAAAUCCUUUGAAAACAGCAUUCUUAAUUCAAUAUGCAAAAAACUUCAUGAGAGACUGAUUUAUACACUUAUCUACAGUAUACAUACUGCCUUUGUUUUUUUUUCUAUGCAGUAGUUAUCCACCAUUUGUAAAUACAUAUUAUGAAUAACAUUUACAUGUACAGAUGUAUACAUUGUAUAUAUUUAAUAAAUUAUUUUAAAAAUAC